AUGACCUCCCAACCCCUCCGCAUCGGCGUCCUCCUCGUCGACUGCGUGCAACUCCUCGACCUCGCCGCAAUCGACCUCUUCAACAUGACAACCCCGGAAUACCUCCAAUCCUGCCACCUGCCCCAGCCCCUCAUGAAUCUCGCCCGACCCUGCGAAAUCCACUACAUCGGCGCCCAACCCGCCGGCACAAUCCAACCCACCACGGCCCAAAUGUCUCUCUCCCUAACCGCGUGCGUGUCUGAUGAGUUCGUCGCGCCGGGGAAGCUAGAUGUCCUACUCAUACCCGGCCCGGAUCCGAGCGUUGUACCCCCCGAAACAAUGUUGGAGUUUGUAAGGGGUCAUGAUGAGGCGGGCACGACAAUUUUGAGUAUCUGUACUGGUAUCUAUGUUGUUGCGUAUGCGGGGCUUCAUAAGGGGAGGAAGGUUACGGGACCGAGGUUUUUGAUUCCGCAGUUGAAGGAGAAGUUUCCUGAGGCUGAAGUUUGGGAUUCGGAGUUGAGGGUUGUUAGGGAUGGGCGGUUGUGGAGUUGUGGCGGAAUUACCAACGGGCAUGAUAUGGUAGCAGAAUAUCUCAGACAAAAUUACCCCGAUGCAUUGGUGAAUGCUAUUCUUGCCAUGGCUGAUGUGGAAGAUCGCGGUCUACACUAUAGCAGCAGCGUGACUCGUGAUAAUGCCUUUUUCGUCUGGCAGAUUGCCAAAGCGUUGCCUGCUGCUGUUCUAAAGAUGAUUACAGGAUAG